CUCAAUCGUGGGUUCCUAGCUCGUGUUAUCUUAACAUUAUUUUUGCUCCUAAGCUAAGAUGCCAACUCAACUAAAUAAAUAAAGAUACAUGUGUUGGCGACUAGCAUAGUGUAUGCAUGUUACUGUAAAGACUGUGCGGACCGCAACGGCGAAAUGAAUUGGUAGCAGGAACUGUUAGCGGUUAGCGACCAAAUUAACAAGAAGCUAACGAUAGCUCAGUUAUCGGGGAUGCUGUUAGCGUAUUGAUACCAUUUUAUACCAUCAUAUAGAAACAGACCGCGGAAACCCAGGCAGUAGGUUGAUAUUCUGUUUGUACCUUACAGUCUGUGGUUUGUCCUGCAAGAAUAGAGCUGAUCUAAUGUUCAUCACCUAACUAGUAAAGAAAAUACAAGGCAACAGAGAGUAAAUUAGGCCCUAAUAUAAUGAAAACACAAUUUAUUAUACUAAGCUAAGUUACUGUAUAUAUUGUAGUCGGCUCAGUCCGAUGAUGUCUGUUUAUGCAUUGAGAGGAAUCGCAGUAUUUCGUGAACCAUAAAUUCAAUGCAAAAAAAGUGUUUGGCAUGCUGUUUUUAAAUCUGUCCAAUUGUAACUAAAUGCUGUUUUUCUUUUCCAGACACAAUGGAGACCGUGGAACCUCAUGGAUGUGAAAAAUGUGGGCAGAGUUUCUCAGACAGUGGCUUGUUUACCUCGCACCCCUGUUCAGAAAGGCCAACCACUCCAUCCAUUAAAUUAAAGGUGGAGAACUACAAAUGUUCUCAGUGCAGUGAGGUUUUUUCUGAGCCGGGCAUCCUGAAGCGCCACUUCAAAAUCACCCACAGUGGGCGCGACCCUGAAGGCCCAUUCCCCUGCACUGAGCCAGGCUGUCAGUUCAGCAGUGCAGGCCGUCAGGAAUAUCAAGCCCACUUGAUGUCCACACAUGGUCUCACUCUUGUUCCUUGCAACCUCCGGUCCUGCAAAGUGUCUUUCCUCACACAGGGUGAGAUGGAGAGACACUUGCGGGGCCACAUGCCCUUCGGCUGCUUUCAGUGUCAGUUUGUCACUCUAAAUGUUGAAGACCUGAAUGACCACCUGGUGGAGCACAACCAUCAGCCACCUUGCGCUCAAGAGAACGAGACAGCGGCCACGGUAUGCACAAAUGGAAGCAACCAGCCUCAGGCAUCCGGCAGGCCGAAGAGAAAGCUAAUCCCCAAACCAGUUUAUGCAUCAUCGUUAACAGAAGACGGGAAUGAGGAACCGCCUGAGCAGCAAAGGCGCAAUAUUAAAAGAGUGAGAAAGGCAGUGGAAAGAGACAAACCAUCAGCAGUGGACGCUGCAUCGCCACCAUCCAAAGAGUACCUUGCGGAGGGAUCAGAGCAUACCUAUCACACCCACACCUGCCCCAAGUGUCGACGCUGCUUCAAGAUGCGCUCCCACCUGCAGGAGCACCUCCAUUUACAUUUUCCCGACCCCAGCCUCCAGUGUCCCAACUGCAAGCGCUACUUCACCAGCAAGAGCAAGCUACGCAUACACAGUCUCCGUGAGGCGGGCAACAAGGUUCACCGUUGCCACUUGUGUGAAUAUUCUGCCGUGGAGCGGAACGCCAUCCGCCGCCACCUUGCCAGCGUGCAUGCCGAUGAGGUAGAGGAUGGCGUGAGCGGUCACAGCUAUCCCUGCCCCACCUGUGGUCAAAGCUUUCGCCAGAGCAGGUCGCUUAAGGCCCACAUGAAGACGCACAACAUCCUGUCGGGCAGCAAGCCAGUGGCCUGCUUCCAAGGGGGUUGUUCUUUCAAGAGUUCUUUGCACAAAGAACUUCUUCGACACACUGCCGAGGUGCACGGCGUCAGGGCUGUAGGGUGUCGUCAUCACGCCUGUGGCGCCGUCUUCCAAAGUGAGACGGACAUGGAGGCUCAUUAUCGGACGCACCUCGCCUACCACUGCUCACAGUGUGAUUUCUCUUGUUCCAAUAAGACCGUCUUCCUCCAGCACCACCGGCACGGUCACCCAGGAAACGACGAGCUUUGCUGUGACUUUUGCUCCUUCGCCACAUUUAACCCCGUGGAGUUCGAGCAGCACAUUGGACAUUUGCACGCCAACGAGAAGAUCCAUCGCUGCUCUCAGUGCAGCCACGUGACCUCGCACAAACGGGGCUUGAAGCGCCACAUGCUGAUGCACAGCGGUGAGAAGCCCCACAAGUGUAGCCUGUGUGACUUCAGAUGCCGAGAUGAGUCGUACCUCUCUAAACAUAUGCUCACUCACUCAGACGACAAGAACUUUAUGUGUGCUGAAUGUGGAUAUGUCACUAAAUGGAAGCACUAUCUGAAUGUCCAUAUGAGGAAACAUGCUGGAGACCUCAGGUAUAAGUGUGACCAGUGCCCCUACCGCUGUCACCGCAUGGACCAGCUCAAUAGCCACAAGUUCCGACAUCAGGCCAAAUCACUAAUGUGCGAGAUCUGCGCAUAUGCCUGCAAGCGCAAAUAUGAGCUCCGCAACCACAUGUUGGCCAAACACUCUGGUGAGGAGAAACCGCCGUCUUUCUUGAAGUGCAAAUACUGCACGUACACUACCUGCUACAGACAAGCCCUUCAAAACCAUGAGAACUGCAAACACACCAAGCUGAAAGAGUUCCGGUGUGCCCUCUGCUUCUAUUCAUCUUUCAGCAGCAUCAGCCUCUUUCUGCACAAGAGGAAAGCUCAUGGCUACGUCCCCGGGGACAAAGCGUGGCUAGAGAACUACGCUGCAAAGGAGAAGGAGAGGAACUCAACUGGGUUCUUGCAGGAUUUUUAUGAAAAGCCCUCAGCAGUUCACGAGCAGUCUGAACCAUCCACUUCUGAAGGACCUCCACCUUCUCAAAGAGAACAGUCUGAUCUUCCUGGCUCAGCAGAUCACGGUGCCAGCAAAGGAUCCCUAGCUGGUUCAGAAACUGUGGAUGCUUUUGAUGUUGUUUCUCAAGAGGUUGUUAAUGAAGGUGUUUCUGACAAUCCUUCACCUGUGAACAGCCCCGAGGAGUACUGUACUCUCGUCUUAACGACACUAUCAACCACAGACUAUCAGACCUCCUCUUUGCAGAGUCAGGAAGGACACUGCACAAAUCAAACUCCAAGCAUGGCCAAUUUAAAUUGUAAUGGCUUUGACAUAUCCCAAGAGAAGGCAGACUCCUCUACAUCUUUAUCAGAGGAAGACAACAUAGCAAUGGCAGAUGCAGAACGUGAACAAAGUGACUUAGAUGACAACUGUGUGCCUCGGAAUAAUACAAGUCAACCAGUUGAACCGAGGGAGUGUCGAACAUCUGAGGUGGAGAAUGACGGUGGAUCAAUUGCUUCCACGUUUCCAUCCGAGCAGAAUAAGCCAUUGGAAUCUGAGAUCCGACUGAAAGCUAUGAAGAAGCACGACAAGGACCAAGCAGAUGCCAUGGUUUUGGAGGGAAGGGUGCAGAUGCUUGUGGUGCCAACCAAAGACGUCCAUCGAUGCGACAAGUGUUCCUAUGUAACCAGCAAGGAGAGCGCUUUGAAGCACCACUGCCGGGCUUCGUGCUGUGGUAGAACAAAGAGACACAAGUGCCAGGGUUGUGGCACGCAAUUCAAACAGAGGCGAGGCCUUGAUAGCCACCUUGCAAAGAAGUGCCCAGCACUUCCACGAAAAACAAGGGCAUUUGUAGGCAUUUCAAGUACAGCAGAAGACAACUCUACUGUAGGCCAGGGAGGAUCCAAACAAGUUGAUGAGGGAGCAAAUGCCGAUCAGACAGAACUUCUUAAUCGGAAUUCCACAGAUUCAAACGAUCAGGAAUUUAAUCAGCAAGAGGAAGAACGUACAUCUCAUUUAACAAAAUGUAAAGGUUUUGUUCAUAAUGUUUUUACAGCCAGUGAAUCAGGACAGAAGCCAAGUAAAAUCCUGACAAAAAAGCUUUUGAAAGUUAAACUGACAAAGAAGCAGUUAUUAUCCAAUGGCAAGCAACGAAAUAUUCCACUGCAGACGUCCCUUUCCGCUAAAAAAGAUGGGAAAUUCAAAUGCAAGCUGUGCAAUUUUUCAUCAGUCCGGCUCACAACGGUUGAGCGACACCUCUCACACUGCAGAAAGAUCUCAAAGAAAAGAGGGAAUGAGAUCAUUCCAGAAGUGGGGGAUGAGUGGGAUCACGAGUCGGCCAGCGAAAGAGAGGACUCGGCUGAAGAGCACAAUGACAGAACUGGGAAAGUUUCAGAAAAACACAAAAUCUUCUCUUGUCCAAGCUGUGCAUUUAAGUGCAGUCAGAAAAGGGCAUUAGACAGUCAUGGAAAGAGAGGCUGCUUGAAGCCAGAUGAGGUCCAAUGCACCAUGUGUUCACUUGUAGCCAAAUCCCACAUUUCUUUGACCCGUCACAUCUUGUGUGUCCACAGCGAAAACAAAGUUGCUCUUGCUAAACGUGUGCAUUGCCAGCACUGUACUUUCACCUGUAAACAAGAACGAUGCAUGACACUGCAUGUCGCGCUCAAACACAAAGGUGCGCGACCUCACCGUUGUCGAUAUUGCCCUUUUAGCACCGCAAGGCGCUAUCGCUUGGAAGAGCACGAGUCUCUCCACACGGGAAUCGGUCGUCACAGCUGCGACGUGUGCGACAAGACCUUCGGGGCCGUGACCAAAUUGCGCCAGCACAAGAUGCGCAUCCACGACAAACGGCCGACGCACUUCUGCCCACUCUGUGACUUCAGCGGCUACACGCUCGACGAUGUGAGACGGCACAAUCUCAGGUGCCACACGGGGGAGUUGCAGCACGCUUGCACGCAUUGCGAGGCGAGGUUCAGUUCAGAAGUUGCGCUGAGAAACCACUGUAAACGCGCGCACCAGCUCCAGGUGCAUUUCUCGUGCAAGCAGUGCGACUACUCGUGUGGCAGCGAGGUCUCGCUGAAGACCCACAAGGAGAGCAAGCACCCUCAGGUAAAGUGCAACACAUGCCAGGAGUCUUUCAAGACGAAGGAGGGCCUUGAGAUUCAUCAGAGAACCCACCUGGCACAUCUUUGCCAGCUGUGCCCCUUCGGGACCAAAACAAGGCAGCUGUUAGCUCAACACCUUCUGAGCGAACACGAGGAGGGAUCUCCAGAGGACAAGCCUUUCAAGUGCAGCUCUUGUCAGUUUGCGUGUCGGCAUCAGCUGGUGUUGGAGCAGCACUUCCGUUCACACGGAGGCAAGCGCCUGUACAAAUGCACAGACUGCGAGUAUUCAACCCGGAACAAGCAGAAGAUCACGUGGCACAUUCGCAUACACACUGGAGAGAAGCCUUACAGUUGUGAGCAGUGCAGUUACACCUGCACUGAUCCGUCGAGGUUGAAGCUUCACAUGAGGGUUCACCAAGAAGAGAAGAAGUACCUUUGUCCAGAUUGCGGCUACAAAUGCAAGUGGGCGACUCAGCUGAAGUACCACAUGACCAAGCACACAGGGGACAAGCCAUUCGCCUGUGACGAGUGUGACUACCGCACUAACAGAGCGGAUGCUCUCCGCGCCCACCGGGACACGCAGCACUGCGACCUGCGGCCUUAUGUCUGCGAGAAAUGCGGCAAAGCCUUCAAGACUAGCUUCAUACUGAAGACCCAUCAGCGGCAGCACAGCGACGAUCGGCCGUACUCGUGCGGCCUGUGCCACAAGGCCUUCCGCUGGCCGGCAGGUCUCAGACAUCACUACCUCUCGCACACGAAGCAGCAACCUUUCUGCUGUCGCCACUGCUCCUACCGAGCCAAGCAGAAGUUCCAGGUGGUCAAGCAUUUGCGGAGGCACCACCCGGAGAUGUCAGUGGAGCAGGGCGUGGUGAGGGACUCUGAAGCGGUUAGCCUGACCCUGAAGGAGGCCUUGCAGGGGACGCUUGAUGAGAGAGCAGCAGAAGUGGAGGAGGAGGAAGGAACGGCCGACGAAGCACAGGCAGUAAAUGAGGAGGUUGUGCAAAGAGAGACAAACCGCUGAAGAGAGGGCACAAUAGAUGCAGUGGUCAUUUCAGAUUGUAGAUGGCAAUCAUUGCCAAAAGGAACAGUGAAAUAAAUAUCAAUAUGUAUAACUGACCACUUGAUUUUUACACUGUAAAAAGCUCAUAAAACUCAUCAGUGCAUGCUGAUGAGGGAGUGUGGAUUGAAAGGAAGGUGUGUUCUGUGAAAAGUAUUUUGAUAUUGGUUGUGAUUAAAAAAACUUUAAUAUUUAAAGUGAAUAAAUUAACUUCAAUGAGUCAAAAAUGUUUUGGAAUGACUGAAUGUUGAUCCAUUCCAAAAAUGCAUGUAUUUACAGACCCAUAUACAUACAGUACAUGUACAUUAUACACAUUACCUUGUGUAAUUAGUGCAUUAGUUAUUAGAAAUAACUCAAGCAGACACUUAAUCGUAGAUUAACCAUCAUAAUGCAAAGUUCUGAGUAAUUCAUAAUAGUAGGUUUAUAAUACUGGUAUUUGGCAGUUUUUUCACGUUCCGUUAUUACACUUUCAGUUAUAUCGGGUACUGUAACUUCCACAUAUACAAUAUAUUUAAAGGCAGACGGGUAUAUUUUUACAUUCUAGACAUGCAGUCAUCCUCCAUGUUACCUCAUUGCCCAGACAAUUCAAAAAACCUGAGGGCAAUAUCUCUAUAAAAAGUUGAAUUUAGUCUAGUUGGUCUAGUUUCUUGGUGAAUUUGGUAAAGGACAUGCAUCAACCCCAUUUCAUAAUGACUCUCUUUAACUGAUUCAAUCUAGUUGAAAAGAGUUCUCGAUUACAAAAAGUAAAUAUCUUGUUGAAGUGAAUAAUGCUGAGAAACAAAUAACUGAUUUCUGACACAUUACCCGCUGAUUGCUAUUUUAGAGGUGCAAUGGGUAUAUCCAAAAUUUGGCCAAACUGAUGAAAACCUUGAGAGACGGUCAAAAUAAACACUUAUCUUAUAAUCUUAACAUUUACAUUUAGCUUGCUUUGCUCAGUUUUAGCAAGACUGUAGUAGCAAGAAAACCACACAAAAACCAUAUAGCAAAUCCGUUUGGAAAGUUUUUCGGUAUGGUU